AUGGCAUCUGAUCACACUGAAUCUUACCAAGGAACACUUGUUUUGUCGAAAAUGCCGACUCGUAUCGUUUCAAAAAAUUCAGAUGAUCGAAAAGAACAUUUAUACACGAAUCAUUUUACCUGUUCUCUCGCGAACAGUAUUCCAAUCUAUCUAUAUGAUGCAGCGAUAGAAGAAAUGAACACCAAAUCUAAUAAUUGGAGAGAAAUAGACGGUCGAGCACGAUGUGCUGUUAUUAUGCAAUCAAUCAUUUCUAAUCAUCAGUUACAACCAAAUGUUUUUGUAUGGUACGAUGAACAAAAAUAUCUAUGUAGUACAUCGAACUUGUUAACACCACAAUUCAAGUUUAACGAAAAUGGUCAAAAUCGACUUCAUGUCAAAUCAUUAAUUAAUCAAUGGUCAACAAUUGAUAUUAAUGAUUAUAUCCGUGGCCAAACAGAAAUAUAUCCGUACGAUACUGUACAUAUUCUGGAAACUCUUUUGAAGAGAUCCCUUCAAGAUCGAAUUAAAACUGUUAAAAACAAAAAUUACUUCGUUGAUGAAACAGUAAAAGAACUUGGAAAUGGUUUCGAACAACGAAAUGGUUUCAUUCAAACAUUAAAUCUGUCUUCUCAUCGAUUAACAUUGAAUAUUCAAACUAGAAUGUCAACAUUUUAUUCUGAUAUGUCUUUAAUUGAUUUUAUCCAUAAACAAAUCGGUCGAAAUGAUAUACCAUCAGUUGAUGAAUGUCAACAAUUGAACCAAAUAUUACAGAAGUGUUUGAUUGUCACGCAGGAAUCGAAUCGAAGAAUAGAGUAUGAAUUCGAUGCAUUUGUUUAUAAACGACCGGCAGAGAUUUACAUAAGACCAGGCGAAUCAUUAACUGAUUAUUUUCAACAUGCGAAAAAUAUUACAUUAAUUCAACCUGAUUACCCAUGUAUUCAAGUGUAUGUAGCAAGAAGCGCUUAUGAUAGAAUGCAUUUUUUACCAUUAGAAAUUUGUGAAAUCAAACAAUGGCAGAUCUAUGAACCUUUUUCUCAAAUACAAGAAGGUGGUAACUAUGUUCCUACUCCAGAAGAACGUUAUCUUCGAAUUACGAAUACAAUUAAAAGUUGUAAUUAUAACUCCAGUUUACUUUGUCAAGCCCUUGGUUUUUAUAUAACUAACAUUGAUGAAAUGUUAGAAUUUGAUGCUCGAAUUUUGACUCCACCAAGAAUCAAAUCAGGUUUACAUUAUCCAGCUCAUGUUGAUAAUGGUGUCAUUUUUCUUGGUGGACAUAUAUUUACACCUAAACCAAUAUCAAACUUAGCUAUCACAUAUUUUGGUCGAAAUUUCAAAGGGAAUGAAUCUGUUGUUGAUGUGUUUGUACAUACCUUAAUUGAUGUUAUGGAACGCUAUAAUAUUUACGGACAUCAUGAAGAACAUAAUAUAGCACCUAUAUUUGAAGAUAUCGAUGAACAUUUUCAGUCAAUGGUUGAACAAAGAUGUCAAUUCAUGAUUUGUCUUAUGGAUGAAAGCCACGAAGAUGAUCUUACACAACUUAGAAUAAAUAUAAAAAAAUGUGGGUCAAUAAGACAUGGUAUAAUGACUCAAUGUGUGAGAUAUUCCGAAAUUCCAAUCAGUGAAAACAACUUAAACAGUUAUUGUGAAGGUUUAAUUCGAAAAAUUAAUUUUAAAAAUGGUGGUAUUAAUACAAAAGUUGAUCUGGACAUGGCAUUAGAGAAGAAACAAUCCGAAAAAGAUUUGUACAUGUUUUUUGGUGCGAAUAUUCUACAUGGAAUGAAUGACUCUCAUGAAUAUCCAUCAAUUGCAGCGAUCAUUGGUUCCGUUGACUCAUCUUGUGCAAGAUCAGCUGGACGUGUUUGUAAACAAUAUCCAGGAAACGGAAAAUUUCCAAUUGAUACUAUUGCUGGUAUAGGUAAAAUGGUUGAAGAAUUAUUGGAUUAUAAUCGACAAGAAAAUGGAUAUUUGCCAAAUAAAAUCGUCUUCUAUAGAGAUGGAAUUGAGAAUAAACGAGUUUCGAAAAUUCUUGAAUGUGAAAUUCCAGCAAUUCGUCAAGCGUUUGACAAAAUGUAUGGUGAUAAAACUAAACAUCCUCUUCUUACAGUUGUUGCUGUGAAGAGACGUCAUAAUACAUGUUUUUUUACCUAUAACUCCGAUCCAAAUCAAGAAACUUCAAAAUCUGAAGAUUCAUCCAGAGUAACAGAUAAUAUGUCAAUUGGUUGUGUUAUUGAUACUACAAUUGUUCAUCCGUAUCAACAUGAUUUCUACUUGAAUUCUCAUAGUACUUAUCGAGGAGUUAAUCGUCCGCCACUUUAUCAUGUUCUCUUAGAUGAAAUUGGUUUUACAGCUGAUGAAUUACAAUUAUUAACGUAUCAUCUAUGUUUUACCGAUGCUCGAUCGUCUGCGUCGGAAGCUAUUCCAUCAGUUGCUCAUCAAGCUAGCAUAGCAGCAUUGAAUGCUCGCGAUUUAUUUUGUAACGAUGACGUUACUGAACAAGAUUACCACAUGAAAGAUACAACUAUCAAUGAUUUAGCCUAUGAGAUGCUCAACGUUCAUGAAAAUCUUAAAAAUCUACCUGUAUUUAGUUAA